CAGCAAGACUUUUGUCUCACGCUUUGACACAAUUUAAAGACACACUGCUUAUUGUUAGUAUUAUUUGAAAAAGUUUUGGAAUAACAAUUUAGCUUUAGAGUGCAUCAGAAACAUACUGAGUGUUUUCAGACUAUUAGAAUGUCAGGAUAUUAUCCCGCCAUUGCUUUAACUAUAAUUAUUUUAUCGACGACAGUUGACUCUCGGGUGUGGCUAGAAGCACCGGCGAUUGCAAACUGUAGAGGGGAUACAGUUUUGACGUGCCAUUACUGUGACACGCCUCUGACCACGAGAACAUGGAGCAGGAAAAUUGGGGAUGUUUGGGAAAUCAUCAUGGAAAAUGGGACACAAAUAGGCCCUUCUGGUCGUCUUUCUAUAAGGGAGGAAAUCAACGGGUGGUUCUCCUUGAUAAUCAGCGGGGCUGACAAUAUGGCGGCCGGGAUUUAUAGGUGCGGGGUGGACAAAUAUCAAUCGGCUGGGGUAGAAUUCCUGGUUGAAUGUAAACCAGAAAAUGUUAAGGUUCGGCUGACUGUUGGGAUGUUGAUAGAAAUAAGAAUGAACACCGUUUAUCCAGUCCCAGAUAUACAUUUCAUGCUAACGGUAUUUAUUUGGACGCAGCCAAGCGGGACUACACAAGUUUUUAUUUCAUAUCCAAGUUGUAGCGGCCACAGUUGGCUACAAGACUGCGUCUGGGUCUCAACUUCAACAUUUUCAGCCAGCCAAUACACUUACGAGAUUGUUGCCAAGACAAUGACUGAGACAUACUUUUUCAGGAGCACUUUAAUAUAG